AUGAGAGAAGUUAUUAGUUUGAACGUUGGUCAGGCUGGUUGCCAGAUCGCCAAUUCUUGCUGGGAGCUCUACUGCCUUGAGCACGGCAUCCAGCCCGAUGGUUACCUGACCGAGGAACGCAAGAAGGAAGACCCUGACCAUGGUUUCAGCACUUUCUUCUCUGAAACUGGUCAGGGCAAGUAUGUUCCUCGUACCAUCUACGCCGAUCUGGAGCCCAAUGUUGUCGAUGAGGUCCGCACUGGCACCUACCGUACCCUUUUCCACCCCGAGAACAUGAUCACUGGCAAGGAGGAUGCCUCGAACAACUAUGCCCGUGGUCACUACACCGUUGGCAAGGAGAUGAUCGACCAGGUCCUCGAUAAGGUUCGCCGUGUGGCCGACAACUGCGCUGGUCUCCAGGGCUUCCUCGUCUUCCACUCCUUCGGUGGUGGUACUGGUUCCGGUUUCGGUGCUCUCCUGAUGGAGCGUCUGUCCGUGGACUACGGCAAGAAGUCCAAGCUGGAGUUCUGCGUCUACCCUGCCCCCCAGAACGCCACCUCCGUUGUUGAGCCCUACAACUCCAUCCUGACUACCCACACCACCCUUGAGCACUCCGACUGCAGUUUCAUGGUUGACAACGAAGCCAUCUACGAUAUCUGCCGCCGCAACCUUGGCAUCGAGCGCCCCAGCUAUGAGAACCUGAACCGCCUGAUCGCUCAGGUUGUCUCCUCCAUCACCGCCUCCCUGCGUUUCGAUGGUUCCCUGAACGUGGAUCUCAACGAGUUCCAGACCAACCUGGUCCCCUACCCCCGUAUUCACUUCCCUCUCGUUGCCUACGCCCCCGUCAUCUCCGCGGCCAAGGCCUCCCACGAGGCUAACUCCGUCAACGAGAUCACCAUGUCUUGCUUCGAGCCCAACAACCAGAUGGUCAAGUGUGAUCCCCGCAAUGGCAAGUACAUGGCUACCUGCUUGCUCUACCGUGGUGAUGUUGUGCCCAAGGAGACCCACGCCGCCGUUGCUACCCUCAAGACCAAGCGUACUAUUCAGUUCGUCGACUGGUGCCCUACUGGCUUCAAGAUCGGUAUCUGCUACCAGCCCCCUAAGCAGGUUCCCAAUGGUGACCUUGCCAACCUCAGCCGUGCUGUCUGCAUGCUGUCCAACACCACCGCUAUCUCCGAGGCCUGGUCCGCUCUCGACCACAAGUUCGACCUCAUGUACUCCAAGCGUGCUUUCGUUCACUGGUACGUUGGUGAGGGUAUGGAGGAAGGUGAAUUCUCUGAGGCCCGUGAGGACCUGGCUGCCCUCGAGCGUGAUUACGAGGAGGUCGCCAGCGACUCGCUGGAGGAAGAGGUUGAGGCUGAGUACUAA